AUGCAGGCUCCGAAUCCGUCCCAACGGUCGUUACAGCGACGGUCUCCAGGACCUAGCGAUGGUGCCUCGUCAAAUAUUCCUACGCGAUCGAUGUCGCCUGCAACGAUGCAGCCGCGUUCGUCCACGGCCUCGAGUAGAUCGGCUGGAAGUAAUUCAAGGAGAAAUCAAUCGAAUGGCGCGUCGAUGCCACUUUCGCAAAUAGAAAAAAGUGUAACACAUCUGCUCGUCGCAACGAAACAACUUCUUGAGACAUUAACGCAGUGGUCGCGUGGACAAGCUACCGAUACUCAAGUAUCCGAUGUCUAUGUUCGACUAGGCUAUGAGUUUAAUAUGGCCUGUCGCGCAUUUACUGCAAUCAACGUCGACACGUCAGAUUUAGGAAACGUCCCCGAAAACCUUAGACACAUAUUGGAGGCUACGCUGAGCCAAGAAGCGAACACCGAAAGUCUGGAGAAAUAUCUGCCACGGAUACGAGACAUAAUCAUUCAUCUUCUACACGGCCUAAAACGAAAACAGCAGAAACUUAGGCAAAAGCAGACUCGGGAUAAAGAUGGUGCAAGCUCUCCCGAAUCCAGCACCGGGAUUGCGAAUCGCACCAUGAGUAGUAGUACUGCUGGAAGCAAUAAUACCGGCCUCACGACACUUCUGAACGAGGGCCUCGAGAACGGUUAUGCUGCGCCGUCACAACAGAAUGAAGGCCCUCCGAGUGUGAAUCAAUCCCCCAAUCGACGAGUUCUUCCUCGAGAUCAGUCAAAUGCGUCCUUCAACUCUGAGCAAUCCUCUCUAUCGAGCAAUACUAUGCAGAGCAUGCCCGUGCUUGCGCCAUAUCCUGGAGACGAUUCUACGAUACCUACAGGUCCAGCAGCCAAUCUAGAUAUUGACUCCUUCCCUCCGCCCCCUCCGCCGCCGAAGUCACAACAGAGCGCGCUUGCUGCUCUACAAAGAGGAGGGGACUUGGAGAGAAGAGCCUCUCGAAGAUACUCCGCCUAUCAGAUUUCCAAGCAUUUGGGAGCCCCAACUAACGGCGUGCCCAUGCUACCUACUCAAAACACUCCAAUACCAAACCGAGGUCGUGGCGAAGUAAGAGAAUCAAUGCGGGCAGUCCAAGUCCGGGAGUCUCUGCGGCAUAAUCGCAAUACCUCCAGCCAGUCCAAAAAUGCAUACGAAUCGUCUUCGCCAGUAAGGAUGCCUAGUAGGAUAAUCGAAGAGAGCCCCAAGCCCGAUUUACUACCCCCUCGACAAGAUAGCCCGCCCGCUCGGUCGCCAGAAGAGAAAUACAGACCCAGUGCUACUAUAUCCGGACCUUUGGACGAUGGCUUUCCAAUAUUGGCACCUCCUGGGUCGCCUGAUAAGUCGAAACCGACAAUAGAGGUAGAUCCGCCUGUAGAAUCGAAAACGCGACCUCAAACACCCCCCGAGAAGCAGAAGCAACCAGCGCAAGAUCAAUCGCCACCCCUAGACAAGGAGCUCACGUUGUUCUUGCAAUACAAAUCUAAAGUUAAGAAAUUUGUGCUUCCUCAAGGCUACACCGACUUGACCAUUGGACGCCUGCAACUCGCUUUUAUCGAGAAGUUCUCCUGGAACACCGCUUUGAAUGGAAGUGAUCUGCCGGAGAUAUAUAUUCAAGACCCCGUAUCCGGGGUACGGCACGAACUCGAGGAUCUUUCCGACAUCAAAGAUCGUACGGUGCUUGCACUGAACGUCGAGCCGCUGGACGAGGUCAAGAAGCAUUUUGAUGAAGGGAUCGGAGCUCUCAAGAAGGCAGUAGACGAGGUGAGGCAAAAUGUCAACGACCAAGGCUCAGCUCUACAAAGAGUGUCCGAUAGGCAACUCGAGACUGCUAAAGAAAUGGCUCGUAUGGCUGCGGCACCACCGCCUAUGAUAGAUGAAGUCAAGACCGGUGGAGCUGGCGCUGGCGCCAAGCUCAAUCCCAGCCAACUUCGGGAAUUGCAAAGCUUACGCCGUGAUCUUGCUGUCCUACGACAGACGUACUCGAACUUCCAGACCGAGAUCCAGAGUUCUAUGUCGUCGUUGCGGGGCAAGGCAGCUAAUGUCAAGGUUGCGGCAGCGAAAGCAUCAGUGCCUACUGUACAAGGUGACUCGGGCUAUGCUUACGUGAGCAAAGGCCGCAAGCAACUGAAUACAGACUCGGACCGCCUCGUCACCAGGGUGGACGAUCUCCAGGAUCUUGUUGAAGACCUACGCAAGGACGUCGUUAAUCGCGGCGUGAGACCCUUGCCUCGUCAACUCGAAGGCGUAUCCAAGGACAUCCAAGUCUUGACUAAGGAGCUCAAGAAGGUUCAGGAGUUCAUGAAGCGAGAGAAACCCGUCUGGACUAAGAUCUGGGAGAAGGAGUUAGAGGAAGUCUGCCAAGGUCGUGACGAGCUUAAAGUAAUGGAAGACCUCAUGAUCGACUUGCAAGACGACAUUGAGAAGGCCUCGGAGACCUUUGCGCUUGUCGAGCAGGCCACCAAGGAGCAGAUGAAGGACACGGCACCGACAGGAAGGCAAUUUUCUAAGGGCUUACAUAACCUCGGCAACAGCGCUGAUCCUAGUGCUGCGAAAGAGGGAGUGCUGGGCGAGGUUAGAGCGCUACAGCCGAACCACGAGGAUCGGCUAGAGGCUAUCGAGCGCGCGGAGAAGCUGCGACAGAAGGAGCUAGAAAGCCGAAAGGAGAACCCGCUGACGAAAGAGCUGACCAAAUUCGUGGAGGAGGGGAAGCUGAAGAAGAGCGGCGGAUUUGAGGAAGUGGAGAGGGCGAGGAUCGCCAAAGACGAACGAAUACGACGCGAGGUUUGGGAGCGGAUGAACGGAAUAAUACCGGAAGAACCCGUCGGAGAGGAAGGAGCCGUUGACGAGGCAGAGGUCGCCGCCGAGACUCCGGAUGUGGAGGGCGAUGGUAUAUAA